UUAAGAGACGUGCAUGUUCAAUUAGCAGCUUAAAAUCACCACUUCCAACUGAUGUUAAUUGUAUGAGCUUACUAAAUCCUCAACUCAAUUAUUUUGUAUUGCCAAACAUUUUUUCUUCCUUGUUAGACCAUAUUUUGUGUCUAAAUUCUCAAUCUCAUUCCACCUAACACCUAAGCUUAUUUUGUGUGUAAAAACAUUUCUUGAGAACAAGUGUUACAAACAAAUGUAAAUCUGUUUCAAUUUGAAGAAAUAAUCAUAUCACAAAGGUUGUUCAAUUCAGUUAUAUUCCUUGUUCUUCCUGCCUUCAAUUCAACCAUAACUGUCACAACUAACAAACAUGACACAAGCAAGCAUGUCCUUAGAAUCAGAUGGUGCCAACAUAGAACUUGGUGCUAGCUUACUCAUUACUACCACCACCACCACUACUACCAGCAGUAGCAAGUACAACAAGAAAUGGCGUAAAAGUUUAUACAUAGGGUUCCUUAUCUCCUUGAAGAAACCUACAACUUCUACUGAAAACUACCAAGAAUCUCCUCCACCAUCACCAAUCUCUUCAGUACCAUACACUUCAUUGCCUCCUACUCCUCCUGCUAGAACCUCCUCUGCAAAAUCUUCUGUUGGUAUUGAUAUACCCUCACAUACUCAAGAGGGGGAUAUUGCUGAAAUUGUGAAAAAGAAGGACUUGAAAUCUCUUCUUGAGCUUGGUGGGAUUGGCAUAGUUUGUGAUUUUCUUCAUGGUCAAAGUCAACACUCAUCAAAGAAAAUCACUAGGAACCUUGGAGUAAGCUUCUCUGGCAUUCUAUGGAAUAGCUGCAAGCACAAUCUUUACACAAUUUCAAUGCUGCUGAUUUCAGCCUUUUUGUCCUUUGCCACAGAGUUCAAGCAGGAGGGACCCAAAUAUGGUUGGCAUGAUGGUGUUGCCAUGGUGUUCGCUCUUCUACUUCUGAUUGCAUUCUCUUCAAUAACUAACUUUUGCCGUGAGCGGAAAAUGAUGAAGCUUGCAAAGAAAAAAGGUCAGUGGAAAUUCAAUGUUAAAAGACGUGAAGCGUCCAAACCUGUGCCUCUCACCGUAUCUGAUAUUGUGGUGGGUGACAUGGUCUAUUUGAGUCCCCAUGAUGAGGUUCCUGCAGAUGGUUUGCUAGUGAGUGGUGACACUGACAUCCUUGUGCUGUCUGAGGGAAUGAAAAAUGAAAAAAUUGAUUGUGAGGAGAACCCAUUUCUUAUAGCUGGCUCAAAGGUGAUUGAAGGUCAUGGAUGUAUGAUUGUGACAUCCGUUCCAAACAAUUCGAAUUCGACAGAGAUGAAGGGCUCAAUGGGGUAUCAUCCUAAAAAAAGAGCACUUUUGGAAAGUCUAAUUGAGAAGCCAAUUUCCUACCUUGACAAAGCUUCUCUUUUUGUCUUUACACUUGUUGCACUUGUGUUGUUCAUUCGCCUAAUAUGUAAAAAAGAUGUGGAUGGAGGAGGGUUGCCAGAUAUUAAAGGUAAUAAUGUUUCAGUUGGCUUAUUGACACAACUCCUUGAGAAUAUUUUCUCGAGACCACGAGGAAGGAUUUCCAUUUUGGCAGGUCUUUUUAGUGUUGUAAUACUGUGUGUGCAACAUGGAGUGCCAAUUAUGGUUACUCUUUCUCUCCAUUACCAGAAUGAUAAGGUAGUGUUGGAUCAAGAAGCCGUUCUUAAUGAUUUGUCAACUUGUACAACAAUGGGGUUGGUAACUGUCAUCUGCAUCGAUGUAUCUGGCGAGAUAAUAUCAAAACCAAUGGAAGUUAACAAAAUUUGGAUAGGGGAGGCGGAGACAGAUAUCAACAAGGUUGAGGAAUCAGAAACAUGUCCAGUUGUACUUGACAAGCUUAAACAAGGAGUUGCUUUAUCAGUUCUUGCAUCAAGACUGUCUCCUUCGCCUAUGUCCAAUUCGUUUGUUUCCUUGGCAGAAAAAACAUGGGAAAUGGACAUUGAAUCUUUCAGAGAAAAUUUUCACAUUCUUGAACAUGGCAAACUGGAUUCUAACCAAGAGGGUGGUGGAGUUUUGGUGAGAAACGUUAGGGACAAUGAACAAGUUAUGCACUUGCACUGGAGUGGGGCUGCAUCCACAAUAUUGGAAAUGUGUUCACAGUACUACGAUAGGCAAGGAAAAUGUCAUUCCAUGGAAAAUCAGAAAAUCAAAUAUGGACAGGUGAUUCAAGAUAUGGAGGAUAAUGGCCUUAAGCCAAUUGCACUUGCUUAUAGACAAACACAAGUGCAAGAACUCAAGCAAGAUGAAUUGACCUUGUUGGCACUGGUAGGUCUCAAAUACAAGUGUCGAGAAUCGACAAAAAAAGCUUUGAAAAAUCUGCAAAAUGAUGGAAUACAUAUCAAAUUGGUCUCGACGGAUGACAUCAUGGUAGUGAAAGAAACAGCUUGUGAACUGGGAAUAGAAGUGCCGGUAGACGGACACCUUGAAGGAAAAGAACUUCAAUACUUGAAUGGCAAAGCUAGAUUAGUUAAACUGGGUAAAGCCAUUGCAAUGGGAAGCUUCAGUCCUGAAGACAAGCUUCUCAUGGUACGAUGUUUGCAAGAUAAAGGUGAUGUGGUUGCAUUCAUUGAAACACAACAGUUGAUGACUAAUCAUACUUCAGAAGUUCUAAAGAUAGCUGAUGCAGGAAUAGUUCAUAACUCUCUAAGCAAAUUAAUUGGUAGUAGAGAGGGUUCUGGUUUAUCUAUCACAUGUUUCAGUGCGCUGAAACCAAUUGUGAAGGCUGGCAGAAGUGAAUAUCACAAUAUUCAAAAGUUCAUUCAACUUCAACUGACAGUUGGUAUAUCAGGGCUACUCAUAACCUUGAUUACAACAAUAUUCACAGGAAAUUCUCCUCUAACAGAAAUCCAAUUGAUUUGGGUGAAUGCGCUAAUGUGUCUUCUGGGUGGCCUAAUGAUGGUGAUGGAAUUAAGUAGUGAGGAAGAGCUUGUCAAACAACCAUAUGAUAGGAAUCAACUGAUUAUAACCAAGAAAAUAUGGAAAAACAUUGUUUUUCAGGUUUUGUAUCAGGCUUCUGCCUGCAUAAUACUUGAAUUUGGGGGACAUGUAACUGACAGGGAAAAACAAGUAAGGAAAACCAUGAUCUUCAAUACAUUCUUCUUAUGCCAGCUGUUCAAUCUGCUCAAUACCAUGGGUUUUUUGAAAGCAGAAGUUUUUAAGAUUGAUGUUCAGAAGCACUGUUUCUCAGUGGCUUUAGGUAGUUGUUUUGUUAUGCAGGUAGUGGUUAUUGAGUAUGCAAAAGGCCUGGCAUAUUGCAUGCGGCUGAAUGCCACUAGAUGGGCCAUCUGUGUCAUGGUUGGUGCUUUUUCAUGGGUACUUGAAUGGAUCUUGAAUAAGAUUCUUUCAGUUUUUUUCAGCAACACUGAUACUUCACCCCUGGACCCUCCAGAGUCUACCCCACAACCUUUAUUCUAUUUUUAUUGCGGGCUUCCAUUUAUGAUGCUUCUUUUGUUCCCUUUAGGACUAGCAGGUAUUAAAUUUGAUUGACUGUUAAGUCAUCUUAAUGUAAUAGUGCCAGGUAUAUAUACCAGUUUAGAGUUUAGGUGAUGCUUUACUGUUUUUUUUUUUUAAGAAGGUGAUGCUUUACUGUUGUAUCAUAUGCAUCUUCAACUAUUUUUGCUACAUUUUACACAUACAUAGAUUUGCAGUGUAAACAUGUGAUUUUUACUCAGACACGGCUAGUUUAACCAAUUUCAGUAUA